UCAACAAAACAAAAAAGGGAAAGAGACAGUGUAACGGGGAAUAUUCAACUCGAAAAAAAGAGCAUAGACCCCCUGCAAGACACGACAAUAAAGUUUUACUCUCAUGAGAAUCGUGUCAUUGUCUUGUUGUCUAAAGCGAGCGGCUCUGCUGUGAAUCGCUGCAAGGUGUCUAUAAGAAUCGUAAGAUGAACUUGAUUCAGAAAAGUAUACAGGCACGGAUUACCUGCUGUCGGGGAGAGUCUAUUGUCCUUUGCUUUUUAUCGAGCCUAAAAUACGAAGAGAAACAGUCUCUGCUCAAAAUGGAGUAUUCAGACUGGGAAGUUUAAAGGUAUACAGCCUCUUUAUAAAGAAGGGGGAACCAGCCAGUAAGGAAGAAUGUUGUUAUGGGUGGCCUGUGUGUUAGUGCGUCCUAAAGGAUGUCGGGUCUGUCUGGACGGGAUGACACAGAUUCACCAUCAUCACAAAGAUCAAGAAGAAAUAUCUUAUCCAGAUUUGUUCCUCGAAUGAUGUUGAGCCAAAGUGUCAACAGACAAGAACCACAGAUAAACGAGUUAGAAAAUACGUGUAGCAGUUCUCGAUCAUCGUUUGCUGAGCUAUGGGACAGUUCGAUACCUAUAGAGAUCAGGGAUGGUUCAGCCCAGAAAGGAUCUGUUUUCAAUCCAACCUCGGCAGUACUUCAUAUGUGCAACAGACAAGUGAUGGCUCCUUAUUUCUUUAUGCUGUCAAUAAUUGGUUGGAGACCAUUGUUUCGUGAAUCUCGAAAGUUUCGCAGAAUAUUUCAAGGACUGAAUGCACUWUUUACUCUGACUAUAAUGCUGCUGCUGGUGUUCAGCUAUGUAGCAAGCAUUAUUGCAUGUCAAUCUAGGCUUGAUGUCAUGCAGUAUUGUUCCUAUAUUGUGCUUGUUUACCCUCUCUUGCCCUGUUAUGGUAAGUUAGGAUGGGAUUCGGAGCAUGUAUUAAAGGUGCUGUUACAUAGCCAGUGUCCUUUGCAACUUGUCUUACAAGAAAUUGCCCAGCAUAACAUAUGAAAAGUAUCCCUCAAUUUUGUUCUUACAUGCGUUACAAGAGCAAAUAAUAUUGGUUGUUUAACCGCACCUUAACACAAAUAAGCAAGCAAAAGCACAAUAGAAUGUUAAUUCAUGCAUUGUUCAGGCAUAAUACCACACUGCAAAAUUUUAUAUUCUUCUUUUUUAAUCUUUAUUUCAUUGUGUACCCCUUCUGAAGUAUUAGAUCAUACCCCAAUACUUAUAUUAAUGUGUUUUGUUACUUCUACAGGGCACAUUGUUAACUAAGAGUGGCCAGAUAUUCAAGCAGCUUAGUCUAAAGAUACGUGUGUUUGGCUACCCAUCCACCACUCAGUUUGACAGAGAUUCAUUCUUGCUAUUUGUACAAAACACAGAUCUUAAGCCCAAGUUGUUUGCUAUCCCAUUGAAGACAUCAUACAUAUUUGGAUUUGUAACUGUGAUUGUGUUUAUCUUACUGCUGCUCAUGCAGACAAACAUUCUGGCCGGCAAUAAUAAGUACUUGUAGCUGCUAUACAUAGAUAUUGCAUAAUGCAAUCACAGAAACGCUAACAUUAAGUUGCAAGAUGUCCAGUCUAUUUCCCAUUGCUGUUAGGUUACAAACGCUUCAACCCUUAUUAACUGUAGCAUGUAUCUGUGUGUUGGUACAUUCUGAUUUUAUCAAGGACUUGGUCACACACUACUUUGCAUCAUCAGGAAACAGCAAGUAACAAAGAUACCUGAAACGAGAAAUUCAACCAUGAAUUGUAUAUACCAUAAAAAAUGGAAAUGAAUGAAUAUGAUCUUGGUAAAUCGAUAAACUAGAUUAUCAAAAUAUAUACUUUAUAAAAUGAAUGAAUAUGGUCUUGGUAGAUUGAUAAACUAGAUCAUUAAAAUAGAUACUUUGUUACAUAAACAUAAUUUCACAAUUUUUGAGAUGAUUUGAAAACUGCAAAAUUAAAGUGUUGUGAAAAUAUAAUGUGCACGCAAAAAAAAGUGUUGCUCAAAUUGACAAUCAUUAAAUACAUAUUAUUAAAUAAAGAAAGCAAUAAUGAAA